AUGAAAACCUUUGACAAACCGACUAAUGUACUUGUUCGUCUAGUGAUUAGCGAACCUAAAAGUCAGAGAUCUUUGGUUUGGUUCCCCCGGCAAUGGGCUUGCCCCAUUCUGUUGCCUCUUCCUUGGCUCCUUUACGGGGUAAUCUACGGUGAGCCUGUCCAAGUAAACUCCAAAGGCAUGGUCUGCAGCAUCGUGCUACUCUUUGCCAUGUUAAUCUUCGUGAUCAUCAGCAUCGCCUGCUUCAGGUGGAAGAUGAACAAAGGUCUCGGCUUCACCAUGUUCCUUCUGUACUUUGUCUUCGUUGGAGUCAGUCUUUCGUUAGAAUAUGGCUACCUACACUGUCCAAGCGAAUAG